AUGGCGCCAUUAAUUGUUGAAUCAGACACCAUGGAAUCAAUUAAAGGUCACAAGAAAGAGAGAAAGGAGAAGAAGGAAAAGAAAGAGAGCAAGAAGAGAAAGUCAAGCGCUAUUACAGAACAACCAGUUUCCACAGAGUCAAUGGAUAUCAAUACUGAGAUGACAGGUGCUGAUGAAAACACCCCAAUUGAAUCUAAAAAGAAGCGCUCGAAGAAGGAGAAAAAAGAUAAGAAAGAGGAACCAGUUGAGGCUUCAGAGGAAACGGAAGAAGCAGAACCAACAGAAAUUCAAGAAGAAGUCACAGAAACAAAUAACGAUGAGACGUCCGAAGAACCACCAACCAAAAAACGCAAAUCCUCCGUCGAAGAAAUUGAAGUCGAUAUUACUCUCCCAGAACCUCCUUCGAAGAAAGCUCUCCGUCGUCUAAAGAAAGGCAAACCACUUCCCCCUUCCAAAUCUGGCGCAGAAUCCUCUCCCGAACCCGAAGCCAAAAAGAAAGCCGAAGUAGAAAAGCGUUCAGGUCAUGGUGUGUGGGUUGGAAAUUUACCUUGGAGUGUAUCAAAAGAAGAGUUACGCAAAUGGUUUGUGGAAUUCUCGGAUCUUGAGGAGGAGCACAUUACCAGAAUUCACAUGCCCGGACCGAAUGAUGGAAAGCCUGCGAACAAGGUGGAGAAGAAGUUUGGAAAGCCCGUUCAUAAUAAGGGAUUUGCUUAUGUGGAUUUUGCCACGGAGGAACAAGUCAAGCUGGCAGUUGAAUUAUCUGAACAAUUGCUCACUGGUCGAAGACUUCUCAUUAAAGACAACAAAUCUUUUGAGGGUCGACCAGAAAAGAAGGAGGCUGUGAUUGAAGGCAAACCACCCAGCAAGAAGAUCUUUGUCGGCAAUUUACGAUUCGAUGCUACGGAAGAAGUUAUCAAGGAGCAUUUUGAAAAGUGUGGAGCUAUUGAGAAGAUUCACGUUGCAACAUUCGAAGAUUCUGGGAAAUGCAAAGGUUACGCUUGGGUUACAUUCGAAGAAGUAUCAGCUGCGCAGAGUGCAGUUAAAGGUUGGGUCUUAAUCGAAGAAGACCUUUCCGACGCGGAAUCCUCAUCUGAGUCCAGCGAUUCCGAUUCCGAUUCCGAUUCAGAAAAUGAAGCCAAACCAAAAGCAGAGAAGUCCAAGAAACCAAAAACCAAAACGAGGAAAUGGUGGGUAAACAAGAUUCAAGGACGUCCUUUACGUAUGGAAUUUGCAGAGGACGAUCAAUUGAGAUAUAAGAAGCGAUAUGGAAAGGACGGAUCCAAGAACCCUAACGAGAGACACCCACGCGAAGAACGUGAAUCUGGUGGCAGAGUUGGAGCUAAUGAUGAGCCUGUCGUGCCGAGGGUUCCAGGAGAGAAGAGAGAGAGACCAGAGAGACCUGUCAAGAAGGUUGAGUACAGAUCAUCUUAUGCACCACGUCUGACGGGUGGUAUUGUAGAGAGUGAAGGAAAGAAAACUAAGUUGUAG